UUACACGUCAAAUUUAAAAUAAAAAACACUGUGUUUAAUCUAAAUCUUACACGUAUUUAAGAUUUCAUUUCUUAUCUGUCCACGUAUACGUAUGGGCCGUACAUAACUAUCAAUAAGGAAAUGUUUUACUCAAAGAAUGUGCAGCUACAACACUCUCUUCUAAGCUGCAACCUUUAAAUAGAAUAGUCCUACAUGUUAUUUUUCUUUCUGUCUGUCUCCUGAUUUCAUAUCCACACCCUGCAUUUGGUGCUUCCUUAUCUCUGUCUCUCUCUCUCUCUCUCUCUCUCUCUCUCUCUAAGACUAAAAACUGAAAAAGAGAGGGAAAUAUUCUUAGCAAGAUAUAACUCUUAUAGUGUUGUGUACAGAAACAACAACCUAGUCAUAGAUAUUCUUGUUAACAGAAAAGAUCUUUGAUACCAUGAACAACAAUCAACAAAAGAAGAAAAAUUAUGAAGGUGGUGGUGGUGGAGAAAAAGAGAUGUUACAUGAACUACAAUCAACAAAGAAAGGGCAGCAAUCACCACCUUCAUCAACUACAUCUCCUUCUCAUGAAUUUUCAUUCACAAUAUCUCUUCAUUCAUCAUCAAAUGAAAAAUCUAUUACCAAAUCCAAAACCCCUACGGCUACACUGUCACCACCACAUAAUUCAUUUGCAAUAGACUUAUCUCCAGCUGAUGAUAUAUUCUUUCAUGGACAUCUAUUACCUCUUCAUCUCCUGUCUCAUUUACCUAUCUCUCCUCGCUCUUCCACCAAUUCAUUGGAUAGUUUCACUCUUCCUAUCAAAGAAUUACAAGAUGAUAGCAAUAAAAAACCCACCACCACCACCAACACCACCAUCACUACCAACAACAGCAAUACUUACAACAACAUUUAUAACAAUACAAGAGAGAUCAAUGGAAGAAUCAAAGCAAAAUCCUUCUCUUUUUUGAAGUUUCCAAGACGGGCAAAAGGCAGUGAAUUUGAAGAAAGAGAGAAAGAAAUGGAGAAAAAGAAGAAGAAGAAGAAGAAGACGGGUGGUUUCAAUAUGAUUCAGAUUAUAAGGAGGUACGCUAAAAUGGUCGGACCACUUCUGUUUUACAAAAAUGGCAGUGGGAAGACGCCUACUACUACUGCUGCAGGUGCGGGGCACUUUGAUUUUGAGAGAGAACCUUAUUCAUCGUUUUCAGGUAAUUUAAGUUUAAGAGGAAGUGAUAGUAAUAAGAAGAAGAGAGAAUCAAGAGGAAGAAGAGGAGAAUUUUCUGCGCCGGCAUCCAUGUGGACGUCUCCGACUAAUAGUGGUCUUCUACUUACAACUCCGUUAGGUGUUCAUUCUUCUUCAAGUGAAAGUAGUAUGGAAGAACUGCAAAGUGCGAUUCAAGCUGCCAUUGCACAUUGUAAGAACUCAUCCACUCCGGUCAAGGAGGGGGAGAAUAAACUUCAAUCCUAAUCUCUUUAUCUUGGAGUACAUUGUAUGGUAUAUAAAUAUAGAAAAAUGAGUUUGGUUUAUUUAGAAGUUCAUAUUCAUUGCUGACUUUACCAGGAAAUCACUUCCUGAGAAUAGCACCAUAGUUGUACAAAUGCAUCAAGCGGCAUCAUAUCCGUUGAGCGCAGAUUUCACUUGAAAUGUACACCUCCUUCUGAA